UAAAUUUAUAUCUUGCUUUGGAGUCAAUCAGUCUUGCAGGCUGAUCCACAGUCUUUGUUUACUAGUUCUUUAGAGAAAACCAUUCUGUCACUAUAUUUCCAUGGUUAUUUUAGUUUGUAUUGUACAAGUUUUGGUUUUACUCUUCCGGGGUAAAAUAAAAACUGGAGCAAAAUGUGCUGAUUGUGGGGAAAAUUACUUGGGUAACAGGAGGAUAAGAACUGAGAGCCAUUUUCCAUGUUUCAAAGAAUAUGGCUUUCAUGGAAGACGUCGCCCGUAUUCGUGAGGUUCUUCACGCAAAUGCCUUAGACCAAGUGGUUGACAAUGAUAUUCUAGUCGCCCUUCUGCAACUUUAUGAAUCAGACGAUCAACGUGUCGAUUUAGUUAUUUUAGAUUUACAAGGCAUGCUGGGUAAAGAUCUGCCAGUUGGACACCAUUUUGGUGUGCAGCAGCAAAGAUGGGAAGAGUUGCAAAGACCAACUCACUUACCAAAUCCCGGAACCUUUAUUGAUUUGGAAGCCGUCACGCAGGCUAAUAUUGCAGCCGAAGUUAUAGUGAUUGAUCAAGGUCGACCAUCGACUUCGGGCACCCUUGAUGGCCAUACCCCUCGGUUGACUGCAAACAGAAAUAAACGUCACAUUUCAGAUGUUUCCAUUGACACAAGCCAAGCUAAAAGAGUGACGCCAACAAAAGCUGGUGAAGAUCGCCUUCGUGUUUCUGUUACUGCAACAGCUGUUGUUAAUCCAGGUCAGACAGUCCAUGCAGGUGUAGUUACAUACCAAACACCUAAAGCUGUUUUAAUUUCAAUGCCACCUUCAGACACAAGAACGAGUUCGUCCACAGAUGCCAAGGUGCCAGUAAAGAAAGGGAACGUUUAUGAAUCCAAGUAUAGGCAUCAUGAAAGGAAUGAUGUUCGCCCCGUUAACAUAUCGGAAGAUGAUUUGAAUCCUAAAGAGCCCCUCGAAUCAACAUCUAUAAAAUUUCACAAAGCUACGCUAAGCGCCAUUCCAGCAAUUAAUGUCAAAUUUGCAGCCUUCAAGGCAACUGAGUUCAUAACGUUGCGAAAGUCUGCUGGGCGUUUGGAAGAGUAUCUUGCUCUAGUGAAAUCGGACAUGAAUCUGGCCAUACCCAAGGUGGACAUGAAUUGGAAUCCACCAGUGGAAAUGGAAGCGGAACAUCAACGUCUGUUUCAACACGUUUACGACAAGUUUAUUAACGAAAAAGUCGAAUUUCUCGUUCGCGCUCUUCCUGACGUUGAUCCUGACUUUUUGGAAGAAAAAGUGAACAGUGUUCAAGGUGAUGAAGAAAGGAUAAGAGGUUUCCUAACUGAGAUUUUGGAGGGAAACAUGGAAUACCCCACGAGAGCUGAUUAUAAUCGGCGAAAAGAAUACAACGAUUUAGCUAAUAAAUUCUUCACAGUCGAAGAAUUUUUGGAACUUUACGACAACCCUUUCACUCACUUUAGAGACGACAACAGAGUCACUGAUGCGGAAUAUCGCGAGGAAGCUAUUAAUCAACUGAAAAAGGACUUUAGAUUUGCAAGUUUAACGAACAUUCGCCGAGUAUUCCACAACAAAAAUUAUCAUUAUACUCCAGCUUACUUUGAGCUUCUUACAAAUUCAAUGACCAAUCAAAGAAAAACAAAGCGUUCCGCUCAUGAAUGCAUGGGAACAGCAAAAGAUCUGUUUCUAAUCCAGGAGAUCGCAUUUGUGGUCCUACAGCCGAAAAUAGAUUUUUACCUGAAGAACAAGGAGCAAAUGCGAAAGGACGCUGUCGGUAUUGCACGUGCCAACGGAUCUUUGCUUGAUUGCCCUAUUUGCUGUGAGGAUGAACUGAUUGAUCUUGAUCUCAUCUAUUGUCCCGUGGGUCAUGGGGUGUGUCGAAAUUGUGUCCGCCGGCAAUCUGAAGAGCUUAUUGGUUUGAUGAAAAAUCAUGUUCCAUGCCUAUUUCCUGAAUGCUCCACAGAGUAUAGACUUCGUGAUCUCAAGGAGGUGCUAAAGAAGUCAAUUUUUUGCUGUUUGGAAAAAAGACGACAGGCCGAAGAAGUGUCUGCUGCUGGCAUUGAAGGCCUAGAGUCGUGUCCAUUCUGUGAAUAUUGCGAAGUGCCUCGAGAGGAUGACCGUUUAUUUACAUGUAAAAAUCCUGAGUGCUCUAAAGUAUCGUGCCGCCAAUGUCGCGAGCCCAAUCAUUCACCGUUGCGGUGCGAAGAAUUUGCCAUGAAACAGAGACUCAGUCAUUACGUUGAGACCAAAAUGACGGAAGCCUUGGUGCGCCAAUGCCCUACAUGCAAAAAGAACUUUGUUAAAGCAGAUGGUUGCAAUAAAAUGGUGUGUCCUUGUGGCGCAAUCAUGUGCUACAUCUGUCGUCAGCAGAUUAAGGACUACAACCACUUCUCGAAUAAUCCACCUCAACAGCCUAAUGUACCGGUACUGCCCAAACCCCCAAAUUCUAAAUGCCCUUUGUACUCAGAUACCUUAAAGAUGCACGAAGAAGAAGUAGCCAAGAGCGCUGCAAGGGCCCGAGCUGAACUAGCUUCAUCUAAUCCGAACAUUCGUGUUGAUUUAGUUUUGGGCAAAAAUUAGCUGUAGCUCACAUGAAAACAAAUUUUCUACAAGUUCUUGUUGAAAAAGGAAAACAACAAUACCUGAUGUUUCAAAAUGUUUUUCUCUUAACGAAGUCAUCGCGAUGAAAUCUGUACUAUUGUUAUCUCAUCGCAGAUUCCAUUCCUGAUUUGGUAUUCAAAUUCCCAGGCCUGUUUUUGUCAAUUUCCGUUCCCGUUGACUGCUAGCGUGAACUUUCAACUAGUCGUCGUUGCUUUUCCUUUUUUUUUUUUUUUUUUUACGUUUGAUUUUAAAGUUGCUUAAAAAGCAGAUCCAAAAAUGUUUCAAUGUUAAUUGUUUUCAUGUGUACCUUUCAAAACCGAUCGGCAACCAGCCACCACUUAUCACCGUACUUCUAUAUCUGCAUUGUAAAAUUUAUCGGUGUCACCUAGAACAAACUUAUCGAUCAAAUUCCUUAAUUUAAUUCAGAAAAUGUGGAUAUAAAUUAACGUUUUUCGGAAAAGAAGCAGUUGAUUUUC